GCAGUCUCCGAUCAUCCCCUGUACUGUGUCCGCAGUCUCCGAUCAUCCCCUGUACUGUGUCCGCAGUCUCUUGUCAUCUCCUGUACUGUGUCCGCAGUCUCUGGUCAUCUCCUGUACUGUGUCCGCAGUCUCUGGUCAUCUCCUGAACUGUAUCCGCAGUCUCUGGUCAUCUCCUGUACUGUGUCUGCAGUCCAUUGGUUCAGAAUAUCUAUUUCUUGUUUUCCUCCUGUAAAUCCUAGGUGUGUCUUAGGGUCAGGUGCGUCUUAUGGAGUGAAGAAUACGGUAUUUUUUUUUUUUUUA